AUGGGAGGCUUUGAAAUUUUGCUUGAGCCCGGUGCCAUUCUUAUUAUUUUUAUCGCAGGUACCCUCAUCAAUCGCCGUCGAUCGAUUAGACUCCCAGAGACACCAUCUGUAGAAUCGCCACUGCUCGCGGAUGACCCAGAUGCCAAACCAACCGAGGACGAGUACAGCGCUGAUACGGUCGACAACAGCCGCACAGUCCAGUCCCGGAUACUCGCUCGAUUCCCGUUCCUGCUGGAGAUCUGGUACUGGCUGCUCACAUACUGGAUCUACCAGGGCGCGCGCGCGGUGUCAGCCAGAUGGAUUAGCGGCCACCAGGCUAUCUUUGAUGGAGCUGAACGUCACGCCAGGCAAGUGCUCAGGGUAGAAGCCCUCUUUCAUUUCAACAUCGAACUCUCCGUCCAGCAAUUUGUGCUUGGGACGGCGCCGUGGCUCAUGGCCCUCCUCGCCCGCGUAUACUACUCGCACAUUACCGUGGGGGUCCUCUUCCUCGUGUACUGCUACACGUUUUGCAAGCGCAGCAAGUACCAGGAAAUCCGCCGCACAUUGGCCCUAGAGAACGUCAUCGCAUUUACGCUUCUCACCCUGUGGCGCUGUAUGCCGCCGCGCCUCCUCCCUGGGGAAUACGGAUUCCUUGACGUGCUGCACAGCAACCGGGGCGGGUCGGCCUGGACCCAGAACAAGUUCCAGCUCACGAUUGCCGCCAUGCCCUCUCUGCACUUUGGGAACUCCCUGUUCGUGGCCCUGUGUCUGGUGCAUUUCAGUCCCCAUUGGUAUGUGCGGAUGGUUGCACCGGUGUGGCCGACGCUCAUGGGGGUGACGAUCGUUGCGACGGCGAAUCAUUUCAUUCUGGACGCGGUGGCAGGGGCUUGCGUGGUUCUCGCCGCAUAUCAGUUUAAUUCUCUGAUGUUGGGUCUCUUGCCGGUCGAGCGACGGGUGUUUCGGGGGUUGGGGUUGGAGAAGCGGUAA